AUGCACCUAUACGCACUAACUCUCCAGAAAGCAUCUGCCAUUAACCAUGCCAUUCAUGGUAAUUUCUCUGGCUCCAAGCAACAGGAAAUUGUUAUCUCAAGGGGAAAAAUCAUAGAACUCUUGCGUCCUGAUCCCAACACUGGCAAAGUAUUUCCUUUGUUGGCCAUGGAAAUGUUUGGUGUGAUCCGAGAUCUGAUUGCAUUCAGACUAACUGGUGGUUCAAAGGGUAAGAUAUAGUGAAGACCUUAUGACAGGGCUUCUGAUAUUUCACAGAAAAAAAAGCAAAAUUUCGCAGGAUUUUCAGGGGCAAAUUCGCGGAAAAAUUGGCUAAUUUUGCAGGAUUUUCGCGGAAAAAAAGUCAAAAUUUGUGGAAAAAUUGGCCGAUUUCGCGAGAUUUUUGCGGGAGAAAAGUCAGAAUUUGCAGAAAAAUGGGCCGAUUUCGCGGGAUUUUAGCGGAAAAAAGUCAAAUUUCGAAGGAUUGUCAGGGCCAAAAUAAUUCUCAGAAAAAUCAGCCGAUUUCGUGGGAAAUUUCGGGGGGAAACUUAGCCAAGAAACAAUCAGUAAAAAACAGCCGAUUACGCUGGAUUUUUUUUGGCAAAUUUCGCUAAAAUCGAUCAAUUUUGCGUCGAUAUGACCAGUGUUGUUUAACGUUUUUUUAACAGGGAUAAUCAUUUGCUCUUUCAACAACAGUUCACUUGAGAAAUGAGCGAAUGCUAAAGCUAUUAACAUUAUGGUUAGUGCCCAGUUUUUCGUAACGUUCAUCUAAAAACGCCUGGUAGUUUUGGGACGUUGUUUACUCAUUGCAGUGACGAAGUUUCAAGAUAAAUUUGGACGUUUGGGGUGAAUAAAACAGGUCUAAUGCAAGGAUAAGUAUUAAAUAUGUUUUUUUUUUUUUUUUUUGGCGUGAAUACUUUGACAGUUUUCUACAACAACAAAAUUGAUAUUCUUCGUAGCUUUUAGAUCUAACUGCUUAUCGCAAUUCCAAAAACAUGGGACAAACUUCUUUAGAUACGUGAAUGCUAGUGUCAUUUCCUUCAAGCUACACUUUACUGCUAUACUGUUUCACUUAUCAGGUUUUAUUUUUCCUUUGAAUUUAGUUUGUUUGUUUGUUUGUUUGUUUGUUUUUUUUUUUACAAAUUUAGUUUGUUUUUUGCCAUAUAGAUAUAUAUAUUUUCAUAGUUAAAAUAACAAGUAUUUGUAAUUAAUUUUUUUGUUGUUAAAAAAAAAAAAAAAAAAAAAAAAAAAAUUAAAUAUGUUUUGCCGACAUGUAUUUGGAAAUAUUUCUGGUGGAUUUCGCGGUAUGUCGCGCUUUUUUGGGAAUUUCGUGGCAUUUCGCGGAAACACCUGAAUUUCGCGGGUCCGUGACAGCGCGAAAUAUCAGAAGCCCUGUUAUGAUUAUACAUAAGGAAAAACAGCAGCAAAAUAGCAUCUCUUGUCUUUCAACACCCUUCACACAUUAUAGCCUGUCAGUGAAAUAAGUUAUAUCUUUGUACUGGUCUAAAAGUCAACUUGUAAUAACUGGUGUGCCUUAUAGGGAAGGGUGGUUUUUAUAUAAUAAAGUUUCCCCUUAUUAGCUAUAUUCAAAGGAAGUUACACUCUACAAUGUACAAGUUGUAAAUUUUGACUAAUGUUUGCAAUUGUUUUUCAGAUUAUGUGGUGGUUGGAAGUGAUUCUGGACGGAUCGUUAUCUUAGAGUACAUUCCAUCAAAAAACACUUUUGAAAAGGUAGCAUAAAAGAUGUAGUAAAUGAAGUAGAUUUAUUUUAUGUAUUGUGAUGGACAGUCAAAUUAAUAGUAAUUCAACAAAGUUAAAUUUAAAUCUCAAACAUUUCUUCAGUAUAGGAAACACAUUUACCUGUACUAAAUAUUGUGUUUGGAGAAUAGUCACGGUUUGAUUUAAGAAAAUGUUAAAUGCUUUAAUGACCUGCACACUUUCUUCUGAAAAUUUCUGUGCUAGUGUUAUGCACAGUAGUACAUGUACAUUAAGCUACAUGUAAAAAUCUCUUUCGAGUUCCCUGAAUUUUGUCAUAUUAAUCUUCAGGUUCAUCAAGAGACAUUUGGGAAAAGUGGAUGUCGACGCAUUGUUCCUGGCCAGUAUUUAGCAGUUGAUCCCAAAGGACGUGCUAUCAUGAUUGGUAUACUUAUUAAACUUUUUUUCUAUGAAGGGUUUUGUUUAUCAUUUGUCUCACGAUUGUCACUUACAUAUUGAUCACAUUAUUUUGGCUGUGUGAAGCACGUCUUCAUAGCUAGUGUUGAUUUACUAAGUAGGGCUAUUAGUACCACCGUGGUUGUUAGUGUUUGGUGAAUCUUGACCCUCACUCAUGGUCAGCAGUUUUCAAUCCAAAGCAUUGUUGGCAUUUUCAGAGGAGGGAAAAGUUCCCUCAGCAGUCCACUGAUCAUGGACAUCCACACUUCAGGAAUCUCAAUUCUCAAAUCUCAUAUCUUAAUGUAUACUUUCAAACUAUAAUUUAUUCCAAUGUAUUUAUCAAUAUUGUGUUUUAGGCCCUUAGUUUUUCAAUAUUUGGCACAGUAGUGAGUCAUGAACACUCAAGUCGUCAACAGCAGAAUGAGUUGAAAUAAUAAGAGCUUGUUGUGAAAGUCUCUGUCACUUCACAUUGGUGAAUUAUAUAACAUUCUGCCAGCAAUUGUUUUUUACUAAACAUGCAAUAUUAUAGUAUGCCUGUGGUAAAUUGAAAUUUUCAGGUGCUGUGGAGAAACAGAAGUUGGUUUACAUCUUGAAUCGAGAUGCUGCUGCUCGACUUACCAUAUCAUCUCCUCUUGAAGCACACAAGUCACAUACUUUAGUUUAUCAUACUGUAGGAGUUGAUGUUGGCUUUGAAAAUCCAAUGUUUGCCUGCUUGGAAAUGGAUUAUGAGGUAAAUAAUGAGCUAUAUCAAUGAUAAUGAGAUAACUUAUGUUGUUAUUGAGUCUUCAAGUAAAAUCCUGUAGUGUGAUCAUUCAAAUGGAACUUCUCAGCCAUACUUUUUUGAUGCUAUUUGCUACUUUGUUAUUUUCUAUUUUAUUACAAAAUAAUAGUUCAUGAGUAAAUAGAAAUUUGAGUCUUGAGCCUGAAGUGUAAAGCAUAAACUGUACAUCUGCACAAUAUUGUGUAUUAUUGUGUUGCUGCAGCAAAAUUUUGUCUCAUUUUCCAUGUGAACAACCUCCCCCCCCCCUCCUCACUUCCCCCUGAGCACACUAUGCCUCCUUUUUCUUUUCCUCCAUCUACCCCCUUUAUGGCAUAAAGCAUAGCCUGAGAAAACAGCCUCCUUUUCAUGAAACCACGACUGAUUUCCCCGCUAAAUUAAGUUCAGGAAACGACUGCAGAAAUACUGAUGAUGUGUCACUACCUAGAUCUAGGUAGUGCUUUUGAUUGGCUGAAGAAAAUUUCCUUGUUGGCAUGACUGAUCAGAUGCAUUUCUCAGAUCUGGGUAGUGAUAUGUCAUCAGUAUGGAAUUUCUGCAGUGGUCUUGUGCAGAAACCGCUGAUAAUUAUUUUGUUUUCCUUAAACCGUGUAAUUACCAGUUUAAUAAUACUCUGAACAAUGCCUAUCAUCUUAUAUGUUAUCACAUCUCUGUUUAGGAUGCUGAUUCAGAUCCAACUGGAGAAGCUGUCCAUACAACUCAACAGACACUGACAUUUUAUGAACUGGACCUGGGAUUGAACCAUGUGGUGCGCAAGUACAGUGAACCUCUUGAGGAACAUGGAAACUUACUGAUUUCUGUGCCUGGUGGAAAUGAUGGCCCCAGUGGAGUGUUAGUCUGUUCAGAAAACUACAUCACUUAUAAGAAUUUUGGAGAUCAGCCUGAUAUUCGCAUGCCCAUCCCACGUCGAAAGGUUCGUAAAAUUAGUAUUGUUAAGUUUAAGUCCGUCAAAUCGUAGAGUAAUGUUCUUUUCCUAGCGCUGAAGAAUUAUUUUAACUGCAGAAGUCAGUGAAAUGUGAAGUCAGUUGUAAUAAUCUAUGAGUUUCUGAAUGUGAAAAACAAAAAGUGGUACACAAGCUUCACUUACCGGGUAAAUAAAAAUAAAAUAAUUGCUUUGAAGAAUACACUAAAUGAAUUUAUAACAUUGUCUGUGUGUACUCAGCGAUAAUAUUGUAUUGCUUUAAACUCAAUUUCAGUAUGAUCUUGAUGACCCAGAACGUGGCAUGAUUUUUGUGUGCGGUGCUACUCACAAAACAAAGGUAACUGAUUCAUGAGCAUCAAAUUUAUCCUUGUAAUUUUAUAUCAAUGCUAUUUAAAGCAGAUUGAUGACAAGAAUUAAGGACGUGAUCACCAAACAAGUUGGUACUUCAACAAAUUAUCCCCACUACAUCAGUAGGAAAUGUGCAAGGGCACCAAAUGAGAAUUUACCUUUUGAUAUGAGGGGUUAAGGAGUUAAUGUCAGUAUAGGUUGCUAUGAUGGACACACUUUAUAGUGCUAUGAUGGGCAAAGCUUUUUAAAAUCAUGGGAACAAUAUAUUUGCUUUAUCUUGUAUGAUUUUUGGAUAUCCGUCAAGCCUUGAACUUCUAACCUCAUUUGUGAAAUUCCCUCAGGUUGAAUUUUUACUUAGUUGUCUGAGCAGCUCAGGGUAAUUUAUGUAUGACUAUGUGGUCUGUACUAUUCUCCACACAUUUCUUGUUACUUUCUUGUUUGAUUAUGUAAAAGAUAGUGUAAGGAGUUUGGGACUCCUAAAAUGUUGUUGAUAUAAAUGUAAUGAGUAUGAUAUCUAUUGAUAAUAAAGAUUGCUUCUGUUGUCUUCUUUUUCUCUAGUCUAUGUUUUUCUUUCUGGUGCAAACAGAACAAGGUGACAUAUUUAAAAUCACAAUGGAAGUUGAUGAGGACAUGGUUAGUGCAAUAUUAUUUUUUAAUGUUUACAGAUUUUACAAAAGAAUACUUACAACACAGAUAUUUGUCACUUUUUCCCGCACAGGUUACUGAAAUCCGCAUGAAGUAUUUUGACACUGUUCCUGUUGCGGCAGCCAUGUGUGUCCUCAAGACCGGCUUUCUUUUUACUGCCUCAGAAUUUGGAAAUCAGUAUGUCCUUUUGAUCAACAAAUUAAUUAUUCUGUUUUGUCUAAAUUACAGCCAACCACCCUUUACCUGGAUAUGCACCUUUUACUGUUCAUAUGUUACAUUUGUACUUCAUUUUUUUUUUUUAAAGAUUUUGAGGUUACUUUUAAUUUCAACAUUAAACUGAUGGUUGUAUUUGCCAGACUUUACUGUGGUUGUUGGCUGUAAUAGUCAGUUUUCAGUCUAAUGACAACUGCCCUAAAAAUUCUUAUGCUUAUCUUGCGACCAAUUUUUUAGCUACUUGUAUCAGAUUGCACAUCUUGGUGAUGACGAUGAUGAGCCUGAGUUCUCCAGUGCAAUGGAGCUUGAAGAGGGGACAACUUUCUUCUUUACUCCCAGAGGCCUCAAGAAUUUGGUGCUUGUAGAUGAACUGGAAAGUUUAGCUCCUGUGAUGUCGUGUCAGGUUUGAACUUUUAUGUCACUCUCUUCACCAUUUUCAUAAACUGUUAAUUCAGACAAAAGGCUCAUAUUGCUGGCUACAUGUAAAAGCAUGAAGGCAGCCUAUUAAAUUUGUUUGUGUGGUAAGCCAUUUAACAUAGCAGUAACUACCACAUGUAGGAAUGCCAGAUUUAAUCCCACAUACUUGUAUUUUGUUUUGUCAGCAACUGCUGCAGUGUAUUUUACAUAAUGUACAAUAUUGAAAUGCAGGUAGUUGUAAAAUAAAAUAGAAUGAAGCAUGUUUUCCUCGUCAGCACAUAGCCUGCCUGAAGUAUUGGAAUAAAACAAGGCUAAAAAAGUGGCAUAACUUGAUUUUGAUCUCCUCUUCUAAUUUUACUUCCAAGAUCAAAACCAAUCAAAAGGUCACCUCAAUUAUUUUUGUGUAAUAGUUUUAACUACAAAGAACUUUUGCCACUUUGUAGAUUGCUGACUUAGCUAAUGAAGACACACCCCAGUUGUAUGCUGCUUGUGGAAGAGGUCCUCGGUCCUCCCUGCGGGUUUUGAGGCAUGGACUUGAGGUACAUGUUAUUCACUUGUUGUUAACCCAUUAAGCCCCAGUAUCUACAUACAAAUUCUCCAAACUGAUCUCCAUACAUUUCCUUAAAGAAUUAGUUGAGAGAAUUUGAUAACAGAUCAAAGCAUUUUCUCUUUAGUGACCAUUUUAUAACUCUCAUAACCAUUUCUCUUGGCAACAUAUGGACAUUGUUAGGAGAAAAUUGAUGUUGGUCACAAUAGGGACUCAAAGGCUUACAAGAAUUUCUUUAGAUUGACUAAGGUCAUAGUUCAAUUUCCACUCAAGCUUGAAUGCUUGUAAGGUAUAUUUUCAAAAGGUUUGUUAUUCAUAAAUAAAUUAAGAUUUGUGAACAAGAGUUGCUUCUUUUUAUGUCGUCCACUAGAGACAUGUUUGCUAAGCACAAUAAUGUUCAUUAGCAUGCAACUAAAGUAAUUUCAUCCUGCAGGUUUCUGAAAUGGCUGUGUCUGAGCUACCUGGUAAUCCUAAUGCAGUUUGGACAGUAAAAACACACAAACAAGGUUUGAUAAUAAUUACAUGUACAGUGUACCAUAUUUAUUUGAAUAAGCGCCCAACCUCAAAUUAGCGCCCACCUCGAAUAAACGCCCAUCCUAAAGGCAGAAAAAGUUAAUAAGCGCCCAGCCUCGAAUAAGUGCCCACCCCCUCCUCCUCCCAAUCAAACUCAAAUAAGCGCUCACCCCCACCCCACCCACUUGAGUGAAUAAAUUUUAAUAAGAGGCUUUCCCGAGGACGGAGUUUUCUUCAGAGUAUUUUACAGAAACCUUGCUUUGUUACUUCUUCACGUUUUGUUAUUAGCAUGUAAUGUUUUGUUGCAAAAUAAACAUUCUUCACUUGGUGAAAAUGGUGAAAAUUUAAUAAGCGCCCAGUCUCGAAUAAGCACCCACCUCAAAUAAGCGCCCACUCUCAAGGUCCAAACAUUUAAUAAGCGCCGAGGGCGGUUAAUCGAAUAAAUACGGUAACUAUACUUUGAGAUCUAUUUUAGUGGUGCUGUAAUCAUUUAAGUGAGCCUUAUUUACUUGUGCUGCUGUUUAUUAUCAACUCUGACACUGCGAAGAGUGGUUCUGCGUGUAACUUUUGACUUUGUGGAAUUAAAUGUUUUCCCAAAGUGUAACAAGCAAGUGUGGGUUCUUGUCUGAAGCUCUUGUUUGCGUUCUGUUUACUGUGAUGUACACUGGUUGUAAUUUUUGAAUUCAGCGAAUUCCUUUUGGGUGGCUAUUCAAGUGAAAGGCGAAUGCUGUAUCAUUUUUAACACUUCUCAGUUUUCUUAAACGUUUCAAUUUCGGGAUGAAACUCCAAGGUUCAAUCAUUUGAUAUCAAGCAUUAUUGUUCAGUGAUCUUGAAAAUUGUUAUAUCUGAAACUUGUCACUCUGCGCCGUUUGAUCUGGUUUGAGGAUUAUGCACCUUCAUUGUACAGUCGUGGACAUCAAUGCAGUAUUCACAAUUUUCUGUAAUUUCUUGGUACCCUCGAAAAACAGCACAUCCUUUUUGACAACUGCUCGCGGUUCUCUCUCCCCUAACCCUCUACAUUGUUGAAACUUCGAACAAAUUCUGCAUACUCGCGUCCAGCGUUGUUUGUGGGCAGGGGAAGGGGUUGGGCAUGUGUGAAUUGAAAAAAAAACAAAAAAAAAACCACAAACGCAAAUUUGUCUCUAGACGUUUGUUCAUCAUUGUAGAUUUCAAGUUUCUGAUGAGGUAAUUAUUUUGCUGCUUCAUUCCGUAGAUGAGUUUGACUCGUACAUUGUGGUGUCGUUCAUUAACGCUACUCUGGUGUUGUCUAUUGGCGAAACAGUUGAAGAAGUGACUGACAGCGGUUUUCUAGGUACCACUCCCACUCUGUCCUGUUCACAGCUAGGCGAGGACGCCUUACUACAGGUAAUACAGCGUAGAACGUCCUGUGAGAGUCUGGCUCUCCUUGGUUAACACUUGCUACUAAAGAUUAAUUAUUGGAAACGGGGAAAAGUAUGUCGCUUUAGUCACGCACAGCAUUGGUUUUAAUCUGAAAACACGUUAAGAGUAAUUAUUAUUGAAGGGAAAACUAAAAAGGCAGGAAUGCGUUGGCCUGCUAACCUCGGCCACGAGAACCAAUCCGCAGAAAAGCCAGCGAUGACUGGUUAUUGAUCCGUACGACUUUCUCUUGACGCUUCCUCGGCUCACCCGACUCGUUUUCGAGUAAUUGUUGACUUGCCUGACUAGUGUCUUCAACUUAACAAAAUGCAGAACCAAUCAAUCGAGAAAGAUGUCAGAAAACCCUGUUUGUUGUCAGGUUUUCCGUGGAUCUUUCGGAUUAAUCUAGGUUUCCGGGAAACUGCCCACCUACCCCUCCCUUAAGCCAUAAUUUUGCCCAAAGUAAGAAAAACUGAAAGCUGCGAAAGGGACAGAAAUCACUUUUAUUUUUUCUCUACCAUCCUCCUCUCCUUCAAAGUCGUUUGUUUUAACGUGCAUGCACAUCUGACAGGACGCUGCUUUGCAGUUAUAGUGGGCGAACAUCUGUAAAUUCUUCUGUAAGUUCUCCAUGUUUGACAAGCGAAGCAAGCCGCGAGGGAACGCGCGAGCGAGUCACAAAGCGUGCUGCUCUCGCGAGAGCUUGCUCGCAGGCUCUAUGUUCAUUUACAUGUACGUGUAUGAAGUCAGUUUUUACUGUUUUGUAUUCGACAGGUUUACACUGAUGGUAUCCGUCAUAUCCGAUCUGACAAGCGUGUAAACGAAUGGAAAACUCCUGGAAAGAAAACCAUCGUAAAAUGUGCUGUGAAUGAAAGACAAGUUAGUUACUUAGUUCAAGUUUAGUGCAUAUUAAAAAGAAAGCGUUAAAUUUCUCCAGCUGGUUUUCGAGUUCCAUUUAAAAAAGGACCUGACCGCUAGCUGGAUUUGCUGUCGGUAGCCCCGUGUUCUAAUCCUGGACCACGCUUGUGAAAUAUCCAACUGUGUCGCCCCCGAACGGUUGGGGUUCCACAUGUUAUGUUCUAUUCAAAUUAUUUGUUUCAUUAUCCGUGAAAAGCCCCCUUAGGGGAGAAGAUAAAGUAUUUAAAUUGGAAUUACAUCAGACGAUUUUGAUUAAAUUUAACUUUUUUUUAGGUUGUCAUCGCUUUAACUGGAGGGGAAAUUGUUUACUUUGAAAUGGAUCCGGUAAGCAAAUGAAAUUGUUCUUCUUAUCUUCCGUCAAACAAACUGUAAACAUGACUUGAUCCAGCAUUUUACAGUUAGUAGGCCAGCUUUGUAGCGUGACGUAAGCGUGAAUUUUACAGCCCUAAAAUUGUGUGUGUUUUUUGGAAUCUGGUAAACCCGAAAUAUUGUGACAUAUUCAAAAUGUUGGAUAUAACUCCCAGUUAACGCGUGUCGCAAUUUGUUUCAAUAUUUUGCUUCAUUUUAUUUGCAGUCCGGUCAACUGAAUGAGUAUACAGAACGAAAAGAAAUGUCUUCGGAUGUACAGUGUAUGGCCCUCGGGACAGUACCCGCAGGAGAGCAGCGCUCCAGGUUUCUGGCCAUUGGUCUAAGUGACAAUACCGUGCGGGUAAUAUCCCUUGACCCGCAGGAUUGCCUUCAGCCUCUUAGUAUGCAGGCCCUUCCCGCCACACCCGAGUCGCUUUGCAUUGUGGAGAUGGCAAUGGGAGGAUUAGAAAGCGAGUCUGGAAGGCUUGGAGGACUCUUUCUUAACAUCGGAUUGUCUGUAUGUUUGUGGUUUUAACUCUUUUAUCUCAGAAACUUUUGUCUGGGACCUCGCUUUUAGAUCGUAGUAACUAACAUUGCUUGAAAGUUGGCGUGAAAGUAGUUGCUUUUAAACUUCUAUGAUUUCUUGUGCUGUCUAUACGAACAGCGCGCUUCUACUAUUAAUAACCUGACUGUUUUUGAUACCUUACAGAAUGGUGUUCUGCUUAGAACAGUGCUGGAUCUUGUGACUGGAGAUUUGUCCGAUACUCGAACGAGGUAAGGAUAUGUGCGGCCCACUUAAGCUUAAACGGAUGUUUUGGUUUGAACACAUGUUGAUAUUUAGGCUAGGCACGGCCCAGCCACCGACUGAAGUGAUCUAAUUCGAAACGAUUCGGUUUAAAUGCGUUCAGCAUCAACGGGGUACCCCACUGCUUGUGAAACGAAAUUCGUGUGAAAUAAUGUGCAGGUCUGCACUGCAAAUGCAUUUUGUUGAUUCUUACUGGUGAAGUGCUGAAUUCGUCUUAUUGUUUUUCAGGUAUCUUGGCUCAAAGGCUGUUAAGUUGUUUAAAGUUAGAAUGCACGGAUCCGAUGCGGUAAGUACCUAGCUCUGUCCUUGUUUCUAGAGGUGUCGACAUUCAUUUAUAAGAAAGCAGUACCCGUUAAUAACAUAAUAGAGACCUUUAGAUUCAAGGACGAGGACAACUACGAGUACGAGAUUUGACUUCAAAUUUUUUCGGGUAGUCUGAAAAUAUAAACUGCCCGGAAAGGCUCAUUUUACCAUUUUUCGCGAGAAACGUUAGCACUGUUACCUUUAGUGAAGGAGGUUACACCCUCUCCCGAUCGGAAAAUGAUAAAACUUCUAACAUUUGAUAACUCGUUUCCUCCACUUCGACAUUCUCGCUAAAACUCGUAGUAGAGUGACGACGGCUACCUCGUUUUCCCGCCAAAAUGACGCUGGUUCACGCGCGGACACUAUUUAUCACUGAGAAAAUCUCGUACUCGCUGUCGUACUCGUCUUAGAAUCUAAAGGUCUCUAAUAGCCCAGGGCCAGGUUGCAUAAAACCUACUAAAGAUGAGAGGGCUCCCAACUUUUGUUCUGGAACAAUAACCUAUUGUUUUGAAAGAAUAGUUACGAGUUCCCAAACUAUGGAAAACAAAAGAAAUGAACUGUAUAAACUUGCUGUUCUGCCCUCCGUAUUGCUUUUAUUAUUAUUAUUAUUAUUAUAAUUAUUGUUAUUGUUAUUUUUUAUGGACAAGUAGGACUGUAACGCGAUGUUAGAAAUUGUAGAAGCUUAAUCCCUUUUGUUUGAUGUAUUUCCAGGUUCUUGCCAUGUCAAGUCGCUCGUGGCUAAGUUACUCUUACCAGUCCCGUUUCCAUCUUACUCCGUUGUCAUAUGAGACACUCGAGUACGCAUCUAGUUUCUCUUCUGAGCAGUGUCCUGAAGGAAUUGUUGCUAUAUCUGCAAACACUCUGAGGUGGGUCCUAGAUUAUAACUAAAACUAGGAAAAAUGAGGUUAUGGUAAUUCGUUUGCACGAAACUGCACCCUCAAUUUGCAGGUGAGUUUGCUUUGUUCUUUUUUAAUACGUGCGACUUGAUUAAUUUGUCGUCAUUAUACGCUGAGCUGAAAUAUUAAAGAGUCGGAGAUUUCAGGGACUAAUCUGCCAGUAGUUGUUUUAGCACUCUUUUGAGGCAAUCUCUUUAACCUGCGAUCAGAACGCCUUAUCGCAGUUUACAGUCUCUUGUGCCUUCUCUACAGUAUAGUUAAUUGUGUCUGGAAAGCCCUGUAAACACAGACUUAAUAAAACGUAUUUGUUUAUGUAUGUAGUAGAUACAGUAUCGAUCAUAUUGUCUAGCCUAUGAGCAAGUUCUCUGGGGGUGGGAGGCGGGAAAAGUCUCCCCCUCCGUGGAGUUUCCCAGAGAGCUUGCACGCAGUCUAGGUCAUGCCUGCCCAUAGUGAGUUAGCAUAAGUAGCUGACAAGGCCUUGUAAGCUAUAACUUAGUUUAAGUAGUUGUUGAUAGUAACGAGUUAUAUAUCGUUUGCUUUUUUAAUUUUUUAAGGAUUUUGGCUCUGGAAAAGUUAGGUGCUGUGUUUAACCAAGUAGCCACACCUCUUCGCUACACGCCUCGGAAAUUUGCUUUCCACCAUCAGAGUAACAAUUUGUUCAUCAUAGAAAGUGACCACAACACGUUCACCGACAAGGUCAAAGAGGAGAAAAAACAACAAAUUGCUGAGGUUUGUAGUAUGACCCAUGGGUUUGCAACCCUCUGUUUGUAAAUAGCGGAAGUUACGGCCAUUAAAACUGACUACUGACAGUGGGACAGGGAAACUAUUACGACUUACCGUUAUGUUGUUUGAACUUGCUUUUUUGUGUUUAUUUUGGCAAUGCACGGCUCGUGAACGCAGCAAUUUCAGACGCUCCUUUUGACUCGUCCCAUUUUCUUCACCUUUUUCGAGUUUCAACACGCGCUUUCGCGAGCAAAACAUUCGCGCGCCCGAAGAAAACGCCUACACUGCAGGCUAGUGUGUUUGCAAACUUAAAUUCAUUGACCCAUGAUGAUAUGUAGCUUGGUUGGAGAGGAAGGCGUCUUCUUCCUCUCCUCAAUCCCUCUCCCAUUUUUCCUUCUACCCCAUUUCUUGCGACGAAUGUCACGUAGGCUAGAUGGGUUAACAGUUGCUAUUUAACAGUUUAAAAACCCUAAAAUUCUGAAUGUUCGCUUCUUUUGAGACUUCAAUGUGUUUUAGCACUAGAGGUUCGUCUCCUGAUUGGAGGUUUUGUAGUUCAGUUUUUAUGCCUGGUUAAAUUUUUCCUUUUUUUCUGUGUAUGUAUGAAAAUGAGUUUUUAACAAAGCCAUCAUCAAUUUUAAUCCACAGCACGCCACACCAACAAAAGAUGUUCAAUCUGCGUAUGUCCAUUUCUUUUUCUCCCUUCUAAAGUAUUUAUUGACAUUUUUAUGUUUAUUUCUCCCAGGAAAUGGUCGAAGCAGCCGGUGACGACGAGAAGGAGCUAGCGGCUCAAAUGGCAGCCGAAUUUCUCAACGAGGAUCUCUCUGAGCAACAGUUUGGAGCCCCUAAGGCGGGGCCUGGCAUGUGGGCCUCUAUUUUGCGCAUGCUGGACCCAAUAAAGGUACUCAAAGAUGGCACUUGAGAAGAGCUUGCGUAUAGUUAAGCGGUUACCACAAAACAGGUUUAUUACGAUCAUGGCAGUUCCUUUAGCUAAUUUACUUGUUCUUGAAUUCUUGGCAAAGAAACCAUUAUUUUGACUUGAAAAGGACGGUGAAGGAAACGUUUCCUGGAGGAGUGUUUUUUCAGUUGAUCAUUGUGUGCAAGACAAAUUUUACCCUUGGACAUAUCUUGUUGUUUUGAAAGGGUGCGGAGGAAGGGUUGUGCAGUUACACGCGCGCCCGCCUCUCACCAAUAUGGCCUGGGUUCGAAUCCCGCAGGCAACGCCAUAUAUGGUGUGAGUUUAUUGUUGGUUCUCGCCCUUGCUACAACAGGUUUUUCUUUGGGUAUUUCAGUUUUUUCAUCUCCUCAAGAACCAAUAGUUUCAAAGUCCAAUUCGAUCAGGAAUGAUAGACGAAGAACCGCUAAUCUGGAUGUGCUGCCUCCAAAUUGUUAUUUAUUCAUUUUUUAUCCAUCUACCCAUCCUUCCGUUUUUCCGUCCGCCCAUCCCUCCCUUCUCCCCACUGAAGCUUAAAAAUGUCAAUUUUCUUUGCAGGGUGAAACAGUUGAUGAGGUUCGUCUGGAACAAAAUGAAUCUGCCGUCAGGUUUGUGUCGUCUUCACACUGUAUUACUCUGCCGUCAAGUUUGUGUUGUGUUCGCUCUGUACUACCUCUUGACUGAAGAGUGCAGUACAAGUCGUUAUAGGUGUUCGACAUUUUCAAGUCGAUGCAUUUAGUAUGUGCCAGAAAGACGAAAGAAACGUGAUAAAGAUGAGACACUUGCUAAGUUAUCUUUCUCCUUUCUGAAUGUCUAAAAAGAAUUUAUUAUUGUCACAGUGAGUUUUCCUCGUUUGGUAGUCCACUCAUUUUGUUUAAUAUUAAUGAAGGAGUUUUUUUGGAUCAUUAUGAAGUGCUUUUGCGUGAAGAUGACUGAUUAUCGUAACCAGCUAUUAAAUGCAGCUCAUAUUAUCGCAGAAAACAAGCAAGCAAGCCUUGCUACUCAUGCCAGCUACAUGCCUCUUGCAGAUGGUUGCAACUCACUAUAUGUAAUAUUAUUUUUCAGUGUGUGCGUGUGUAAUUUUAUGUGUCGUCCUGAUGAGACUUAUGCGCUAGUUGGCACCGCAAAGGACUUGACUCUUAACCCACGGUCAUGCGCAGGAGGUUUCAUUCACGCGUACAAGAUUGCUGAACUCAUUGAUGGGGGAUACAAACUAGAAUUUGUCCACAAGGUAAAAUCCUUUGCUCAAUAUGUAUAUGCUUAACUUAAGAAAACAGCCGAGAUUUCGCGACGUCACCACUGGUUUCCCGCGAAAUGACGUCUGAGAAACGAGCCCAGAAACUCCAUACUGAUGAAGCGUCACUACCCAGAUCUGGGUAGUGCUUCUGAUUGGUUGAAAAUUUGCUUCACCCCUUUCUUAGACGUCUUUUUGCGGGGAAACCAGUUUUCGCGUAGCGAAAUUUCGGCUGUUUUCUCAGGCUAGUAAAUGCUUUGUCUCAUACAUUUGCCAAUAUUUCAGUAGAAGGGAGUGUCAGGCGGGUUUUGGUGAACUGAACAUGAUGCAUAAUUAGACUUUUUUGUCGAGUUAUGGAAAAUGGUUUUGUGAUGGACAGAGUGAUUUUACUUGUAAACUCUUGACGAUUUCUGCUUAUUUUAUUUUUCAGACCGAAGUGGAUGAUAUUCCUGGAGCUCUAGCGCCUUUCCAGGUGGGCAAAUAAUUCACCAUUUUUUUUCUGACGUACCGUUCCUAAAAAUUUCUUUUCGGCUUUAGGUUCCAGUUGCGUUGACUCUAUUCGGGCUUAACGUAACCUUUGUGACUGAGCGCCUUGUCGCUAUGCUGCAAUUUACGGCUCUAUAGGGAGAAAGUAGGUUGCUACACAAUGGAAUCGUUUAACACUGCUGUUUCGUCCAGCGAGAAAUGUUUAAAGCAGAUAUUUUUUAUUGUAGGGUCGCCUUUUAGCUGGUGUUGGACGCCUGUUGAGAAUUUAUGAUCUUGGGAAAAAGAAACUUCUUCGUAAAUGCGAGAAUAAGGUAAGAUAAGCUCUAUUUCGCGCCGUUAGUCUCCAUUUGAAACAUGCGCGUGGCAGGGGGUUAUUACAUUGGAAGCAAUAGACUGCAGCUAAAACUAAAGGAAAACGCGUUCACACAGAGACCCAGAACCUGCUUCAGUGUCUUCAUGGUCCCCACCUUGUACUACCCUUGCUUGCGAGUACUGGCAAAGGGAGUGUUUACAUUGUCAUAAAUACUCCCGGCCGCCAGCACCGUACUUAGGCACCAAGUGUGAACCCAGCCUUAGUUCCGGAUCCGGUAAACACUGCUAUGUUUGUUACAUGUUGCAAACUACCAUGACCAGAGAUAACAGUGAAACAAAUGGCAACCGCCAUAGUAACUCUGUAGUUUUUUCUGUACUAAUCCAAGACUGUGGAUGGUGUUACUGUGUUGGUAUUAAGGCUAUUUGGUAUUAAUCAUAGUAAGACAAGACGUGGUUAAUUUUUGUGUUGCUUCGUAGAAACUGCCAAACUUUGUUAUGGGGCUUAACACCAUGGGGACGCGUAUUAUUGUAAGCGAUAUUCAGGAGUCCUUUCACUUCGUCAAAUAUAAGGCUCGGGAAAAUCACCUGGUGAUAUUUGCUGAUGACGUCAAUCCAAGGUAAUUUGAGAUGUAAUUCUGCGUACUGAGGUGACAUCUACUUGGUUGUGGACUUAGCAGGUGUAAUAUAUGUGCUUUUUACUCUCAAUGUGAUAAUAAUUUCUGUUCUAGUUCCGUUUGGAUAACAGUUCGAGGGAAGAACCUUAAUUCCCCAAACCCAUCGUUACUCGACGGGAUAGUGUCCUGCCAAAAAUAUUUAAGGCCCGGGUAGGCUGAAACAGCAUACGUAAUAGCCCACGUUCGAUAUAUUGAAGCCCUAGGAUUUCAAUUCCCAUGGAAAACAUUUUUUCGGUUCCGUGUCCAGAGAUCAUGAGAAACCAUCGGUAACAAUUUUUUGGUUCCGUGAAAAUUCAUGGGAACCCAUCCCCUGAAUGUUUUAAAUUUUCAGUCAUAUAUUUUUUUUCUUCGCGUUGGAAGCCAUAAACCAUGUAUAAUGCUUUUUGGGAAUGAUUCAAGAUGGAACUGAUAGAUGGUAAACAUUUCAGUUUCAUAUAUGAGUCGUAACUAAAUAUAAAUGCCCCUCUAGUGACAAAAAAUAAAGAUUUUCCCUAAAUGUAUCCAUCCCUAAGACUGAAAAUGUCAGUGGGAAACUAUUUUUUGUUUUCGUUAUUUUAAGACCACGGUAACAACACUUUACCGGAAACUUUCAUUACCGUGAAAUCCUAGGGCUUGUGAAUAAAUAAAUAAUAUCGAAAUUCUAAUGACUCCGAGGUUUCAUGGUCAUUUUUCUAUAUUUUGUUUGGUUUUCUUUGUGCCCUAGUGUCCUCUGGGAAUUGCGAGACAAUGGAGUUGUAAAAAAAUUGCAUUUUUGUCCGUAAAGCCUCGAUAUCGAACGUGGGCUAUUGAAUUCGAACAUAUUCGUCUAAUCACUUAAAAAAGAUGGAGUUUUGUUGAGCAGAUUCACUAGUUUCGUGUAGGCGGAAUGCCGAUUCUUAUAUGAAAAAAAGCUGUUUCAAAAAUAUCUGGACUCGUGCGGACGGGGCCGAAAGGGUUCUUUAGGGCUGAAUUGACCAAGUUGUAUGGGGAUAAAAUGAAAGAUUUCAAGGAUUGUGUGUAGAGUUCAAUCUAAUGGUUGAUUUGUUUCGUUAAGGAGUCUCCGAAGUCAAAAUUGCCAUUUAUUUUUAACCUUGAAAUGAAUUUUCUUUGCGUUGCCAUCUUUUAUUUCUUAUCCUUUCCUAGUAGUUUAAAGAUAAGACAUUCCCAUACCAGAUUUUCCUUUCUCGCUUCUUGGUGAAAGGGUGGUCACUGUGAGAGACCUUGGCGAGGAAAAAAUACAUUCUUCAUUUAUGGGUUGUUUUUAAAUCGUUGGUAUCAAAGAUCAAAGAAUCGGUUCUGUAAUGGCGAGUUUCGACAAUCGUCUUUUUAUUAUAAACUAAGCGCCAUUUUGAGACGGAAAAGAACGAGAGGUUAGAAACUCUUGCAUUUAUGUUCUUAAGGUUUACUUAUUGCAAGUUUAAUUUUGAUUAUAGGUUUUAAUGUGCCGCGACAUUAUGUCAUCAAGCACCCUUAUUACCCAUCUCAUUGCAAAUGACGCUGCCUUCGACUUGUCUUAAACCAUGGUUCGCACAGGCCUUGAAAAGUCCCUGAAAAAGCAUCAUGUCCUUGAAUGAAUAGUCUUUGAAAAUUGAAAAAUUGUGGAAUAUCCUUGAAAAGUCCUUGAAUAUUUUUGAAAGCUCCUUGAAUAAAAAUAACCUUUGUUAAACAAAGUGUUUUGCGCAAAGGAAAGAUUGAAAGCACAGCAGUAUACAAAUUUUCUUGGUGGUCAUGAAAGUAUGUUUUCUUUUGUUUUCAAUGUUCCCGGAAUGGUUAAUUUUCCGUUAUUUGAAGUACCCUAGUAACCGUGCCUUCCUGGGGGAAGGUAUUGCAAUAAGAAAUCUCUCCUGUACCUACGAAUUUGAAAGGUUUUUAGUUCAUGCAAUUCUAUGUCAAAUUACAGGGAAAAAAGUCCUUGAAAAAAUUGUCUUACUCCUUAAAAAGUCCUUGAUUUUUUCCCCCCAAAUUUUGUAUGAACCAUGUAAACUCACCGGUGACGUAAAACAAAGAAGUCAACACAUAAGAACCUAGAAAAACAAAAGCUGUAAAACAAAGAAAAAGUUCACAUGUUCUUACACCGAAGUAAACCUCUAAAUUGUUUUCCUCUUGCAUGCCCGCUAUCGGAUGUUUACAAGUAUAAAUUUGCAUAAAUAUAAUGAGACAAUUACAAAAUCUAACAGCCCAACCCCGCUAGAUAUGAAACCGAACCACUUUGUGGAUAAAGCAAAGGUGUUGCCAUAUACUGUAUGCUGAAACUGGCGCGUUUAGUGGGGUUGGGGUCUAUGACUUAAAGAUGGUUCAAGUCCAGCAAAAUACAUUAAAAUUUAGUUGAUUGAGGCGAGUGUAGAAAAACCGGCAUUGAAUCAUAUCUGGUGGAGAACUGGUGCCCAUAUGACUAUUUCUGCCAAUUUGUCGAUGAAGUGUCGUCAGAGAUGCUGUUUUUUUUCCCUUAAUUAAAGAGUCAUACACUCCCUUGUAGAUUUCACUUGAAAUCAUCUUGGUGUUUGUCAUCGUUAAUAGAAAACUUACCUGUGAGAGUAUUUAGUCACUAUCUUACUAAGGUUUUCUUUCAAACCUAGCGUUUUAACUGCAGUCUCUUCUAGUCAUUUCAACUGAAGACUCAGUCUUAAACAGCUCGUGUAUAGGUACUUUUGUCGUGCGUUUUUUCCUAAGGUUUUACUCAGAUCAGUUAAUCGAGUAAGAUCAUUGACCUAAAAGCUCAGAACAACAGUACUUUCUCAUUUCACUUGUCAUGAUACUGUAUGCGGUUGGUGUUUACGCUGUUUUCGCUUUUCAGCACUAUUUUUCCGUGUUUGACGCUAAUGAAACAAGGGACGUCAGUGUCAAACCAGAGUGGUUGUAAUGGCUUCGUUACUUCCAUCCGAGCAUUGUUCUCUUUCUAUCAGUGAUUGGAGCGCUUUUCGGAAGUCAUUCUUAAAAAACGUAUAAAGAAGAGGGUUGAUAAGUGCUGUACUGAAUUUUAGAACCACAAAUAUUAUGCUUAGAGCAAAGGGGAUACGGUUUAUAUACUCCAGAUCCCACAGCAGAGUAAAGAUAAAAUAUGGGAACCAGCCAAGGACAAAAGUUACCGUCAUUAUCACGUAAAUGAUCGCCGCUUUCCGAUCGUUUUUUCGACGUUUUUGUUGUUUUUCGAGAGGCUUGCUUUCCGUGAGAGCUUGACGCAUUUUCUUUUCUUUGUGAAUGUAGUAAAAAAUGUGACCAUCGAUGCAAGCAAUUAUAGAAAAUGGCACAAAAGCUAAUGCCACCAAGCAAAAUAUGGCAUAGGCAAUGUCUAAUCGUUUGAUUUUUUCUUCCCGUGGUCCUGUAAUCCAGGCGAGUUGAAUAAAAGAAGCGCCACAAGAGAAAAGCCACACGCCAAGCAAUAACAGCAAUACUCGUCGUUUUGUUACUACCAUGUUGUAUUUAAACGGUCUCUUGAUUUUAAAAUAGCGCUCUGAAGUUGCUACCAGCAAGUGGAGAAUGGUAGAAAUGGAGAGGAAUCGCUGGCAUAAAUCCAUGCUGGUACAUAUUUCGCCCACAAGUGUCGUUGAACAUGCUAGAACAAGCGGUAGAGACACAAGACCGGCAAGGCAGUCACCAGCCGCCAGACUAACCAAGCAAUAGUUGGUUCUUGUUCGUAGAUACCGCGUGCUGAUGAAUAGCACGAACACAAGGGAGUUGGCGCAUAUUAUAAGCACGCUUUGUAAAGUUAAGAAGACAAUCACCGCUUGUCCUGUCUCUGUUUGGUGCAAAGCUCUUCCUGUCUGUUCCAUUUCAAGCGAAACAUUGUCUUUUUCCUUUGCUAAAUCUCUCCCGUAGUUUCUCGUUACGUUGUCCAUUUAACUUUCGUUUUUUUCACUGUUAGCUGUCAACUCUGCCGGUUCAACACCUGUAUUCUAAAACACUGUUUUUUUUUUCUUAUGAAGAUGCCGUUUCUUGUUGCGUUGGUCGAAGUUUACACCCUGUUAUAAAACACACAAGAAAAUGAAUAAAUAGAAUGCGUUAGCUUGUGCUAGUUUGUUUUGUACAAAGGACAUAAAUCUUAUUACCUUAAAAAGUCUUGAGACGUUGUUUUCUGGGAAAUAAAUCCUAGACUGAGCGCAGUUUAUAGUUUCUUUUUAACAUAUAGUCCUCCUGGCGACUAAUAUCAUCUUGUGCAAAUUUUUGCAAAUAAAUUAGGGAGAAUGUUUGCCUUGUCACCCCAAAUCGAUGAUUGUCUAAAUGUGUUGGUUGCUUUUCCUUUAUCGCUCGAAAAUUAGUUUUCUUGGUGACAGUUUUCAAUGAGUGUAAGAAGUCUGCGUUUUGUGUAGUAAUCUUCAAAACUGGGGGACAAUAUCACACGUUGUUAUCUUUUUUAGGAGAUUUCCGCUUUAAUUUAAAGAUAUUCUCCCUUCCUGUGCUUUGUUUCGUAUUUUAGUUGCACGCUUUUGUUCUGUUUGUGUCUUGCAAUUACCUUCAUCCUACUAAAAUGUGCUUUUCAGAGAAUUUACGCGGUUUAAUGGUCCAGUCGCACACUCAGUAAAGUGAUUUUCCGUUUUUCUCUGCGUUGACCUGGUAAUUUGUCACUUGAUUUUAACAAUUGGAAUCCAGGUGCAACAGUGCAAAAACCGAAUAAAUCGAUUGCGGGAAGCUAUUAUUUUGCAUUUGGAAAGCAGUCACACAUAUUCCAAGUAAAGUAAAUAAAAUAUAAUUUCCCAAAAUUAGAAAAAUGGCGGUCGCCAUAUGGUUUGUUCGAAGUUUUCUUCAAAUUUCGCUCCACUUAAAGAAAAUGUGUUAAUAUUUGUAGCACUUAAUUUGUGUAGAAUAGAAUCUUGUAGAGUAGAAUUUGGUUUUGCUUUAUGAGAGUAACAUCGAAGGCUUUAUGCUAGAAAAUUCGCCAAACAUUUACUUUAGUCUGAAAUGGUUUUAAUUUCUCCCGAAAUGGACCGUGUCUUGUCAGAUAAAGGGUUAAUUUACACGUCAGGCAACGGGGAUGACAAUUAAACUAGUUCAAGUGUCUUUCUAAAGCUUUCCUUGCAAAGUAGAAUUUGAAAUUAUUUCGUGUUGUUUUUUCUGACUGGUUAUCAAGAACGUUUUGGUGUGGAAUGAGUAUUUUUUUAUGGUUGCAUUAGCUGUUCUGUUGAUUUAAAAAUGCUGACUGUUUGAAUGCCAAGUAGUUAUAUUUUUCGUAAGCUUCUUACUAUUUUUAUUCUACUAUUUUAUUGGCAGAUCCUUAUCGCUUUCUCGCGGUGGCUUUCCGGCUUUAAAGCUGUUAUUGGGCGUCUUGAGUUAAAACGGCCUUUUCAACCUUUUCUUUUCUCUCCAAUUUCUUGAUAAGCUGCUGUGCACUGUCUGAUUUUACCUAUCAAAUAAUCGCCUAUUUUCUCGCCCCAUUAAAUUUGUAUCAUGCUGCAAUUGUGCUCAACUGCUUAACGCCUUCAGACGGCACUCUUUUAGCUCCGUAUAUUGACUUCACAUUGGUGCCAGUUGCGAUAUAGUUUUUCUUUUCUCUGUCAUUUACAUAUCCUUUGUAAAAAGCACUGACAAUGUGACAGUUUUUCAUGGCACUUGAAGGUGUUUGUUUGCAGAAGGAAAGUGAAGAGAAGUGCGUUCAAUAGUCCUAUAUGUUUUACAGACUGAGUAAUAAAAUAAGAGAUACUAAAAACCGAUUUUCAACUUUCAUAUCCAUUAGAAUUAUAUUGAUUUCUGGUAAGGUAACCGUAUAGCGCGCGUAUCACUAGUGAACUUACGCAACAGGACCGGAGAGGAACAAAGACGGCAAACCUUUUGUUAGAAGCGUGACAAUAACUUUGUGUGAAGUAACUUUUCACCAAACUUCACUCUCCUUUAAACCAUAGUUAGCAGAGGAGACUGGUUUGGAAACUCGGCAAACAUUAAAGUUGAAAGCAAUGGCGCUGUGGUUUAUGUUGGAAGCUUCCUGACUGUGCACAAUCCUUUGUAUUCUGUUCACAAAUUAUGACUGAAUAAAUUUAAUGCAAUGUUUCUAUUGGUCAAUAACUUCAAAAUGAUAGGAAUGCUAUUGAACGUUGUGCACGAUCAGGUCCAAAAAGGCUAACAAAAACCUAUAACAAACGCUUUCCCAACCAUUCCACUUUAAUUAACUAUUUUUAAACAGAUCUCUUUGUUAAGACCAGAAAACAGUAAUGUUAAGUUAAGAUCAUGACGAAACACGCAAGUGAUAGCCCUGUCGUGUUGGUCACACGCAAGCGUUUCGCCGUCCUCUUCCUUUUACCGUCCUGUUCCGUAAACUCCCUACUAAUUAAAGACAACAACUUGAGCGCCGAUUAAGUUUGAUACUGUCAUGGGUCGUAGUUCACAGUCACCCCAUGUAAGCCUAUCCGGAUUCCAGAAUCCUGGAAAUUUUUGUUUGUGGACUCUAUAAUCCUGGAAAUUUUUGUUUGUGGACUCUGGAAUCCUGGAAAUUUUGUCUCGUGGAAUCCAGAAUUGAGCUCAAGGAUCAGAAUCUUGACAAUUGGAAUCAGGAAUCCGGAGUCCAAGUGCCAAUGACAAGGAAUCCAGAAUCCCGUACCUAAAAUCGUGGAAUACCGAAACCAAGAUUACCUUACGUGGGGUGACAACACCCUUUUGUGUUGUCUUACAUGAUGCUCUUAAGCAACAACAACAACAACAACAACAACAAUCAUUAUUGUGCUCUUGAUACAAAAGAAAAACUUUAAUCAUAACUUUCAAAGCCUCUGUUUCAUACCUGACUUCGUAAUUACUCUGCGAAUACAGCUGUCGUUCCUCGAUCUUUGCCGCGAAACGUCCCUAGCGGCGUAUUCACAGGUUAAUUACUCUGUAAUUUCAAUGCAUCUUUUUGUGAAUAAAUGGCUUUCGUGACUGAAACCAUUUGAACAAACCGGAGGCUCUUUUUGGCAAGAAUGAUUUUGAUUUCUGGUCAAUCAUCUUAGAAUUGUUUGGGAGUGUUAAUCCGAGUCAAUAGCUCGUAGAUUUGACGUUAAAAACAGGUCGUUUGUAGACAGUGUGGAUAUCAGUUUUGAGGUAUUGUAACUCGUCGUAAUAUCGAGUGAAUUUGGAUAGAACCUAUUAUGCGAGAGUAUCAGGCGUUUCUGGGAGAAAAGGGGAAAGAUGGAAGAGAAAAAGGGAGAGAGCCCAUCUAAAAUCUCCUCUCCCCUAGCCCCGUUAGGAAGGCCUAAUACUCAGGCUACUACUGACGACUAGGUUGUUGACCAGUACUGUUACACGGUUAAGCGCUUGUUAUCUUCAUUUUACUAAAUUAGGUUCAAUCAUUUUUCAUUUUAGCCACUGUAAUGGUAAAACGAUACCUAUAAAUUCGUAAAUGAAAAUGCAACCUCGGGACACCUCAGCAACAGCUGUCUACAUGGAGCGUUCUAGCUGUUUUCUCGUUUGGAAAUGCAUUUUCCUUAUUUCGUAUUUCAUUGUUUGUUGGUGGAUGGCAAUAAUUAUUCAACGUUUAUUUGUGCGACUGUAAUUUAUUUACGGUGAAACUCGUCCCUCCCUUUUUUUUCCUCCAGCCGUUCGCAGGAAAUUGAUUGACUUGCCCGUGUUUUAUUUUGUUUUUGUCUUUCACGAUUAAUUUUUAAAUCUCAUUUGACUUUUAAGUGGAGUGGUUACGCAAAUAAAGUUCUUUUACUUGUUCAGUGUAAACAGCUGUGGUUUACACCCAAUUUUUUGCACCGUUUGUCGAUAAAAAGGAAAGAAUUAAAGCUGAGACCGCCAUUUAUGUACGAAAUCUAUUCAUAUAUCUUUCAAAUGCCUGUUGGGUUUUGUAGCUUUUUUUCCCAUGACUGUUUUUAAAUCAACGCUGCGUUGUUCAAUAAAUCUGUUAAAAUUUUCAGUCUUCCUUGAUUGGGGAGUACUUCAAACCGGCAAAUUUCUUCUUGUCGACUUAAAAACAAUACGUGUAAAUCUGUUUUUUUGAAAGUGAUUGUCCGGCUGUAACCUCAAAUAAUUUAAGGUUAAGCUUAUAGUCUAUGAGUUACCUGCAGCACAAGAAAGUCAAGCUGUAUCGCUCGGCUAAGUUUCUCUUGCCCUCUGACAGUUGUUGUUCAACUUCACGCAGUUCUGCUCUGUCUUCGAAAGAAAUAAUUGCGUUGGUGUAAAUAUUUGUUUAAACACACCAAAUUGCCUUUUAUAUCUCCCUGUUUCAGUACCGUCCUGAAUAUUUCCUUUUUAAAAAGAGAUUUUUUUUAAAAGCCCCGCAGGGCAGUAUUUCCACAACAUUUCAAAAACGCAAUCUUGCUGUGAUUUCAUUUGUGCUUCAUGGGAUAUCUGGUUAAGGAGCCAGUUAAAUUGCAUCUUUCUGGGUUUGUGGCUUCAUAGCAAAUUACCACUGAGACAAAGCAUCAAAAUUUCAUUAAUGGCAAUUUCGGAAGUUUUUACGUUAUGGAAUAUCCCUUUUGUGAUUUCCCUCGCUCUUGAAAGUUUCACGUACUAGCUCUUGUUAUAAACACGUUUAGCUAGAUACACUUGAAACCCACACGGGAUAGCUGAAUGGCAAUAGAUACAUUGUAUAUUUCCAAUUUUGUGGUUAACUGGUAAAUUGACGAGGAAGCAGUACGAAUUUAAUUUGUCACUUGUUCUGAUCACUUUCAAGCUUGCGAAAUAGUUGCCAUUUCAUGCGAGUCUUUUCUAGUAAAGACUAUAUAAUCUUGGAAGUAUUUAUAUAAAACCUUAAAUUUGUAACAAAGCAAAAACUUGUACCUACGCUUGUGAUAUUUUAAUUAGCGACUCGCCCGUGCCAGGAAUAGAAAUCUUCAAGUAUCAAAUAAAAAUGUAAAUUUUUGAUUGGUCUGGUAAAAUAUUUUUCACAACAUUCUGUUUUUUCUUUCCUCCUUUUUUACAGCUUUUGUCACCUAGUCUUAUCUUUUCAGUUUAUUACCUGAUUUUGAUGUUUGGAAAUGUUUUCAAGUGAAUGGGGUACUUUAAUCAAGUUAAGUUUUGGGGGAAAGGUUCUCUCUUUGACCUUGACAUUACAGCUGAGUUAGCCGGCCUCUUUGUUGUUUGUUUCUCUCCUAUUAUUCGUUGAUUAUAGCAUAGAUUUGUCACGUGAAUAAUGCAAUACUUUCCGUGCUGUAUCGAUAUUUGCAAGAACGCUUAAACUUUAACGAUACAGUUUGCACCCUAAAAUAAUCACAGAUAAGCCACUGAGGUUCGCUUUUUAAAAGGUUACAUUUGCUCGAGCUGUUUAGAAACAGGAAACGGGAAAACCCUUUUAAAUAUUCCUGCUUUUUUAUCAGCCUGUUUUAACCCUGUUAUCCACGCAGAACAAUAAACGUUAUUGUCACCCAAUUUAAGAUGGGUGAUUUCGAAAAUUCAAGACCUUUUAAAUAAAUAAUGGACCAAGUUUGUUACUAAUUGCUAUAUUGUUGCUUUAAAGUACCGACAACUGUCCCUGGCAGGUAAACCUACUAGGGUCAAAGGAUUCUAGGUCAUAAUGUUGAUCAAGAGGUUACUCGUAUUCCCUUAAUAAUAAAGAAUGAAUAAACGGCUGUCGCUUUCUCCCUCAUUCAUGUUCUUUCCCGCGUCACCUAAGGUGUUAAAAAAUGCUUUUUGUGGUGUUUGGAGUAUCGACCAUAACGAUUGAGAAUGAAGUAUUGCGUUUCCUCCCCCCUCCCCUAACCCAGUUCACCCUGUCUUCUGGCAUUUUUUGCGCCUUUUGCAACAGCAGCCCAUUUGCAGACUAUUUUCCCGCCUUUUUUGCGUAGUCUGUCGUCUUAUCACGUGUAUCUCUUUUCUGUUUAGGUGGUUAACCUGCUGCAGUUAUCUGGACUAUGAAACGGUAGCUGGGGCCGAUAAAUUUGGCAACGUAUUCGUGGUGAGUACAUCGGGCGGCACUCGGUUGUUAUGAAUACGUGUUGUGACGUUUUAAGUGAAAGCCAAAAUGCGAUUGUUUUCCGCACCUUUUUUGAUUAUGAUGAUGGUAACAGUGCCUAGUGGUGCUGCUGGUGCUGGUGUCAGGUAGUCUACAGUAUAACAGUCAUUUUCUAAAUAUUAUGUACGUGAUUUGCUUGUAGAUUCGCCUUGGCGCCAACACGACUGACGAUAUUGAUGAAGAUCCUACUGGCACUAAAGCAUUUUGGGAUAGAGGACUUCUAAACGGCGCUCCGCAAAAGGUAAUGUGCUUUUACGUUGUUGUAUUGUUACGCACUACAUCACUGUUGUUGUCGGCCACCAGCCUAGCUCUCCACUCGAUUUGCGGAAGAUCCAUGGCUUUCGCCCUUUUGGUAUCAUAAGUAAGUCAAAAAUGAUAGACUGUAUCACCGAGUUCUUGGGUGCGGUUCUUAUUUUGGCUAGAGAUUUUGUUUUUCCUUCCGUUGUUCCAUUUCCUUUGACGGCUGCUUCUGAGAUCGAGUUCGUGAUUUAAUUGUUAAGUCUCCAUUGCUAGGUACGAGCUCAUGACUUAUAGCUGACUCACCCACACUACUCGUUGUUGUGCUAUCGUGUUUCCACACAGGGCUUCUACAGUCUGUAACCAAGCCGCUCUGCCUUGAGCUGCCCUUACUUCUUCAUUGAAGGAGACUGCUACUUCUUUUUAAUCUAUGUUGAUUGUGCCCCUCUACCUCAUCCGUUGCCUCAUUGUAAAACCAACCUGAUUAAGGUCUGGCCGUGCGAAAUUUGUGCCUCUUUGUCCUGUUGUGACCUUAUGGUUUUGAUUAGUAUUGAUUAUUAUUAUUUUUUACCCCCAGGUUGAAACUCUGUGUAAUUAUCAUGUGGGUGAAACAGUUCUGUCACUCCAAAAAGCCACUCUUAUUCCAGGCGGAUCAGAGUCUUUGGUGUACACGACAUUAUCCGGUGGUAUCGGCAUGCUGGUACCAUUCACGUCUCGAGAGGUGGGUAUCAGCUGUGGCCAACAUCCCUUUUCUCCUAGCAAUAUCAAUGCAUAAUUAAGAGAAAAGGUUAUGAGAAAUGAUAAAAGAAUCACCAAAGGGGAAAUGCUUUGAUCUUUUAUCAAAUUCUCUUUACUAAUUCUUUUAGAAAAUGUAUGGAGAUCAGUUUGGAGAAUUUGUAUGUGGAUAUCGGGGCUUAAAGAGUUUAGUGAAAUCGUUUCCUGUGUUAUAUGCUACAGUUUACUUGGGUACCUUGCCUUCAAUGUUAAUCACGUAUUGUUAAGAAUGCACUUUAGCCAAUCAGAAGGCUGGAAACAUCUGUGAUAUUUCAAGGCCCACAUUCACCUUAGAUACAUUGUGCGUGGCCAUUUUGAGUGGCCUGGCAACUUUAGUAACAGUACACAAUCUAAGCUUUCCCAACAAACAACAGCCCAUCAAGACAGAAUGAAGAUAGGCCGGCUGGUGUUCAGUGAUAGUUUUGCGGAUAACAGUCAUAAUGCUGCUGACCUUAACUAAAUGUUAUGAGGCUGGUAUGGUCUCUGGUAAUUCCUUUCAUAACGUGACCGAAAAACGUUUUUUUUAAGUAUCUUUAUUUACUCUUAAAAUGUAUUUAAAAUUGUCGUAAAUCUUCAGAAGAUCGUCAGAGGUAUAGUGUAGUAAAGUACGUCAUAAUUAGCUGUUCAAUGCUUUCUCCUGUUUCUACUCUAUUUGAUUUGCGUUCAUGAGCUGCAAGCUGAAGCCUAGCCAGACGGUCGCGGUGAUCACGUGUAUAUCACGUCAUUUUUGUUUGAUCAUUUCACAGGAUAUUGACUUUUUCCAGCAUCUUGAGAUGCAUUUACGCGCGGAACAGCCGUCUCUUUGUGGCAGAGAUCACUUGUCCUAUAGAUCAUACUACAUGCCAGUGAAGGUUUGCAUCCUCAUUACGCAGAGUUACCUCCUAUUGAUUACGUGCUACACUGAAACCGGCGUUAAGUGGACAGUGCGCAAUCGAAAUAUUCUUUACUAGCAACUAAAUAGGGUAGAGGGAAUCUGCAAAGAUGUGAAGCAAAUUUGCAAGUUUACUUGUGUAAAAUACUGUAGCACAUUUAGUGUAUUUGUCACUUUUUGUGAUUUCUGCCGCUGACCUGAACACCUCUGUUGCUCUAAGCAGGAGUGCGCCUCUUUGAAUUCCUAAAGAAAGACUGCAGCAGGGCAAUGGACAGAGUUUAGGAGACACAAAAAUACACUUAUUUUCCACAGAGCUGCAAUGUUAUUGUACAGUAGCGCAUGAAAAGAGUACAAAUAUCCCACUAUAGUUUAUUUCAGUAGUUUGUUAUUUUUACAGUAAGGUGUUUGUGUAAUGCAAAACUAGUUUGAAACGUCUCCGCGCUAAAGUCGAAUUUCUUGGUCCAAAGAAAAAUCGUAACCGGUAAUCUUCAUUUUCAAAUUUGAACGGUCUGCUGUGGACAUAGCUUGAAAUUGAUGCAUUUUGUGUUCCAGAGUGUGAUUGAUGGAGAUUUGUGCGAGUAUUUUAACUCACUCGACUCCUCUAAGCGACGCAGUAUCGCCGAAGAACUGGAUCGAACCCCAGCGGAGGUGAAUUUCUUUGUUUGUUUAAUUUUUUUCUUCUUUAUAAUUUGUUAUCUGCAGACAUCAUUGUGGUAGCCAUACACGCAGUGGUUCAGCAUGACGAGACACCACUUCUUGUCUCUUAGAAGAGCCGCAGUGCAGGAAAAUAUUCUCUUCCUCCUUUAGUCGCUCUUCCGUUAAUUUCUAUUAAUGAUUACUGAAGAACUCACCGAUUACGGACGGGUGGAAGUUCUUGUCUUGCGGAAAUUAAUUGUUUUAUUCUUGUUAUCGAAAACCUUGGAUGCACUAGUUAUGCAGAUUGACUUUGACUUUGGUAACCAUUCACCCACGUUUUUCACCUACAGGUUUCCAAGAAAUUGGAGGAUAUCAGAACGCGAUAUGCUUUUUAGAAAAACAAGUGGACCACAGACACUCUACAAAAGAAGAGACAUUUUACCUCCCGUCUAUUGGACACCCUCUAGUCUAGGAAUUCACUGCCGUCUGAUUUAAGAAUUUUUUUUCUUUGUUUGCGGAUAUUACGUCUUAUUUGAUGAACACCCGCAUACACAGAUCAAGCAGUCUUGAUACCUGUCCUUCCGUAAAAAAUGUUGCAGUCUAUUAGAUUGUAGAUACAUGAAGCUGCGAAAGAGCCGCACCGCUCGUACCCCUGCAGGGGAGGAGGUAAGGGAGGACCUCCUCCCCCCGGGGAUGGCGGUAGAACCGUACAUGGUCCUCGAAUCAGUUUGUAAAAAAAUCCAACCGACUUUUCUUUCCUCGCCGUCUCAGGAAAUAUUGCUUUCAUAACUUAACGAAAACAACCUCCUCUACUAGAAACAAGUUUGUUUUAUGAGUAUUUAAGUUUGUUCAUGUAUAUAAAAAGUAGAUCAGCUGACUUGACUGUUUCGUUUGUUGUAAGGAUUACCUCUUUUACUCGUUAUAACCUCUUAGCCUUUUUGUGGAAGCAGGAUUAUUUGCAACAAACUUCCUCUUCGUAGCCACCCAAAAGGUUUGCAAGCAAAUCUCUUUUUUACGUUUUGUUUUUGACUCCCCUCUAGUCUUUUAGUAUUUUUUGUCGAAGUUUGGAGUGCUCUAUUUUUGCUCAUGGGAAUCCGUAACCAUCUCGCAGACCCAUAGUAGCGAGCUUUAGCAACGACGACGGCGACGGCAAGGAAAACGCCAAAAGAGCAAUUGGUUUGUUAAGUAAAACAACAACUUUGCACGUGCAUCACGCUUUUUUGUACAUUUCUUUGCCGUCACUGCACGACUGCGACGUGAAAAUGCCUCGUGAUUUCACUCUUUAUGGUGACGUAAACAGGCGACAACGAAUUUUUCUUUCUUUUUCUAAACUUGAAUGCGGUCCCCAAGAAAUCAACUCUAGGGAAAUCCACCUACAUCUGAAAUUUUCAGCGGAUUUGGAUAAACGCGUCAAUGUUUUAAAAAACGCGAAUGCCUUUUCGUAUAGUGACGUUUUCGCUACCGUCGCCGUCUUCGGUGCUAAAACUCCCUCAGUGGCGAAUCUAGGCGUCGCAUUUACAGAUCUUUACAUGCAGUAUCGUUACAGGAAAAGUUUGCAAAACACCGGGACAGCCCUUACUUCCUUACUAAUGCGCGCCAGUCGGCUGAAGCAUUUGAAUACCUUACUUCUGAUUGUUUAGAAACGGCAGCCGUAAUCGAUUAUGGCUCCUGUUCAAGAAAUGAUGAUACAUAAAGUAAGGAGUCCACCCUCCUCUGUUAACGAUUGCCAAAAAAAAAUUGCAAAAGUGUUAAAAAGAUCUUGUAAACAGCAACCUUAAGUAUCUUUUUCAUGGAAGAAUUGUCGAUAAACCAGUCAGUUUAUAAACGAAAAUGAAAUGAAGCAUUUUCUUGUUCACAUAUGUUUCUUGUCUUUAUGUAAGAAAGCUGUUGGUAAUGAAUUUUUCCAAAAAAAAAAAUUAUGUAUGUCAAUAAAGGUAAACUGCCUACUUCAGGCAUAUCUCAACCGAUUUUGCAACUCGUUAUACCGGUAUUAAAUUUGUCCAGUG